AAUCAAAUCAUCUCAAUUCUCUCUUCUUUCAUCAAAAUCAAACACUCUCUCUCUCUCCUUCAAAUUUUUCGUUGAGAAAAUGUCAGGGCGCGGCAAGGGAGGCAAGGGAUUGGGAAAGGGAGGAGCCAAGCGUCACAGGAAGGUCCUCAGGGAUAACAUCCAGGGCAUCACCAAGCCCGCCAUCCGCCGUUUGGCUCGCAGAGGCGGCGUCAAGCGUAUCUCCGGUCUUAUCUACGAAGAGACCAGAGGAGUCCUCAAGAUCUUUCUCGAGAACGUCAUCCGUGACGCCGUCACUUACACCGAGCACGCUCGCAGGAAGACAGUCACCGCCAUGGAUGUUGUUUAUGCUUUGAAGAGGCAAGGGAGGACCCUCUACGGAUUCGGGGGUUGAUCUGGGAAUUCUUGUUUUACGUAUCGUCUUUUUAGUUUGGUAGUGAUUCUGGUGGUCUAUGGUUAGAUCUGGGUUUAAUUAGUUUUGGGUUGUUGAACUUGCUGUUCAUGUAAUUUGCGACUUUAUUUUGGUUCAAUGGAAGUUUAAUUUAUCCGUAAACCUUUUCGUUCUGGGUUUGUUCUUCUCAGAUGUUCGUAAGCCUUUAAAAAUUUUGUCAUCUGAAUUGAAAUUACAAUGGACUACUCUGUAACACCGAAGUUUGAUUGGUUUUGCAUUUAAACUCCAU